GUUUCCUGGACAUCUUCCGAGUAGUUGUUUGCUCUCAAUUAGAGUUAACCAUUCCUGGCUGUAGAAUAGCACGGAACUAUAGCAAGACCUGUCGGGAAUUUAGCUUAAGGACUCCCAAGUCCUGGCAUUCGAGCCUCCUUGAAUUGUUUGGAAUCCCAUGCCUCCUCCGCCUUGGAUAUCCCACCCUGAGUCGAAGCCUCUCCCGUCGCCGUCUCCGCUGAGUGCAUCGUCAUCUCCUUUGAGGCGGGUUGAUGGCUCAACUCCACGCAACCCGCCGACGGAUCGAUCCGAAACCCCUCCUUCCAACUCGAACACCCCGCAAAGCGCCUCCCCAUUUCCUACGCCAUCGCGCGGUACGCAUACCCGUUCUAGCAGCCAUCCUUUUCCGCUACUGUUUGGUUCUGGGAGGAGACGUGAGCGGCAAGCCGCUAGAGAACACCCCAAAGCUGAUGGCCUCCCUCAUCAUGGGAGAACAUCACGAUCCAUCAGCCCGCGCAAGAAUGCGUUGAGUGCGAACGAAGACUACGUGUCGCGGCGGUGUAUGACAUGCGACCAUACCAAUACAUUCCCCCAUGGAAGAAAGGGCUUUAGAUGUGGGAAAUGUACCGCAAUGAAUGAUCUAGAGCCAUGUAUCGAACCGUCUAAUGCCCCUCUCAGCAACUCCGAGAGUCCCUUUGGCCCACAGUUCAGAAGAAAAGUGCCUUACUUAUCGCUUGAACAAACUCGGAAUAUCAUUGACCGAUGUCUAUCUUCAUAUCUUCGAUCGUUUUUAGAGGAAAAAAAAGAACGGGAUUCAGUCGCUACGCCCCCAAUUUCAAGGAUGCGCGGCGUCUCUAACGAGACAAAGUCCUAUGGCGCCGGUCAAUGCAAUUCGCGGACUCCAUCAUGCUCUCCAUUGUCUACCUUGGAAACAUCACGUUCCCCUGGUUCUCAUACUCCUAUCUCACGAGUUUCUUCAUCGGGGAAUCUGACGUUUUUGGGAGGGGAUAUCCAAGGAAUGUCUCUGUCAGAUACAGACAAGCCGUCAGGGUACAAUAAUCACAUCCGCAGAUCAGAUAGUUUGACUAUACCGGCUGGGAGACGUACCCGUUCACAGUCAAGUCAAUCUCCCCGCGGCAACGAAAUUGGGUUGAGUGCAAGUCGGUCAGCGUCGAUAUUUCGCCCCCUGGAAAACUAUAUCAUGGCUUCGUUUAAUGGUUGUGAUACUAUAAACUCGUCCUUUUCGACAGUGAGGACAAAUCGUCCUCGAACGGCAUCCGACGGGAACCAGCCCUCAACAAACCUUCCUGCAGAUACAGCCUCUGAUCUUUUGGCAAACGCACCCAUUUUUCAACUAGACGCAAAGACCCUUUUGCUUAGUGAUGUUGUAGAGAAUGGUUCCUGGUGGACUGGAAAUCGUACCCAUGGCACUCGUUCAAGUGAUGACUAUGCAAGGGACAAAACUUUCGAAAUGGCCAGCGGAUUAACUAGCACAAAGACCCCACGUAUAAAUUGGGCUGAACUUGCUGAAUGGUAUCAAGAGAUCAUCCAUGCUGGGGAAUCAUGGAUUCAAAUGUGGGCAGAAAUGAAGCCUGAUGGAACUGACAGUCCGGGGAAACUAGCGCUAGCCCAAUUGUGGGACACUGCAGAUGUUUCUCUUCUAGAUAAAGAAAUUACGGAGUCGCGAAUCCAUGCCCAGGUCACCCUGCUUAAAGUUACGGAGAAUCUACUGCAGAGACCGAGACGUCCUUUAAGGCGACCGGACGAUAUCCGGUUCCUUUUAAUCUUACUUGAGAAUCCAUUAUUAUAUUCUUCGAGCCUGUGCAUAAACCCAGAAUCAGCACCGAUUUCUAAGACUCAGAGAAAGCCUGAUCACCACAUCCCUGAAGAUCGUAAGGGCACUUUGGGAGACAACAAAAAAACUCACCACCGCUCUCGUUCAGCUUCAAUGGGUACAUCCAGCGAAGUACCAGACCGGCGCCCUCUUAUUAUCAAGCGGAUCAUAGGCAUACUCUCGAAUUUGCCUGUUGAUUGUCAUCACAUGCUGGUUUCCUGGUUUUCUAGAUUUUCAGAAAGCCAUUUCCGCCGUAUUGUGGAGCUCAUCGGUAGUUUUGUCACUUAUCGCUUAACUAGGGAUCAAAAACGACGUCGAGGUAACGUGGGCAAACACAGGAAUGAAGAUAAUUUAGAUGAUUACGUCCCCACAUUUUCAUCUGCUGGCAACACCACUCCAGCUCAACUUCACUCUGCUAUUAAUAGAGAAAACCCCCCGAAACUUUCUCCGGGAAGCCCACAGGCUCUUACUUAUAGCAAAGACUGGCAAAUCAAAGCAGCAGCAAAAGUUAUGGCACUGUUAUUCUCAGCAAACAGUGUGACCCACAACCGGAGGCGCGAUGGACCACGACCUGGUGGAGAAGAAAUAUCGAGGCACGAUGGUCAGGGGCGUAGACACCUUAUUCCCAUUAGCGCAUUCUACAACACACUCUUGGAUUACUCUGACCUUAUUGCGGACUUUGAGGCUUGGGAGGGCCGUAAUGGUCAAUUUUCAUUUUGUCAAUACUCUUUUUUCCUAAGCAUCUGGGCAAAAAUACGGAUUCUCGAACACGACGCCCGGCGGCAAAUGGAGGAGAAAGCGCGGGAAGCUUUUUUUGACAGUAUUUUGGGUCGCCGCGGCGUAAGCCAAUAUUUGGUGUUGAAGGUGCGGAGAGAAUGUCUGGCAGAAGACAGCCUCCGCAGUGUCAGUGAGGUAGUGGGCACCGGCCAAGGGGAAAUUAAGAAGGGCUUACGGAUUGAAUUUCUCGGCGAGGAGGGUGUUGAUGCUGGCGGCCUUCGUAAAGAGUGGUUUCUACUUCUGGUUCGAGAAAUUUUUGAUCCUCUUCAUGGGCUUUUUGUUUAUGACGAGCAAUCACAAUACUGUUAUUUCAACCCAUACUGUUUCGAAUCAUCAGAACAGUUCUUCUUAGUGGGCGUGCUCCUGGGCUUGGCCAUAUACAAUUCAACCAUUCUCGACAUCGCUUUGCCGCCAUUUGCCUUUAGAAAGCUCCUUGCGUGUGCACCACCGAAUAACGUGCCAGCCCUAUCCACUCCCCAGCAGAGCUUCAAAUGUACUUUGGAUGACCUGGCAGAAUAUCAACCUGCUCUCGCAAAAGGUCUGCGCGACUUGCUUAAUUACGAAGGCGACGUACAGGAAACUUUUUGCCUGGAUUUCGUGGUCCAGAUAGAACGAUAUGGAGAGAGACUUGUGAUUCCACUACGUCCUGGCGGAGAAACGAGACCGGUUACUAACUCUAACCGCCGAGAAUAUGUUGAUCUUUAUGUCAAGUAUCUCCUAGACACUGCAGUGUCACGUCAGUUUGAACCCUUCAAACGAGGGUUUUUCACCAUCUGCGAAGGGAAUGCGUUGCACCUUUUCCGUCCAGAAGAGAUUGAGCUCCUUGUACGCGGUUCGGAUGAAGCCUUAGAUAUCCCAUCGUUACAGGCUGUGGCGGUAUAUGAACACUGGCAUACAGAUCACCCUGAAAAAGAGCCAGUGGUGACUUGGUUCUGGGACUUUUUCUCCCGGGUCUCACCCCGGGAUCAACGCAAAAUACUCAGUUUCAUUACUGGUAGCGACCGUAUACCUGCUAUGGGGGCAACGAAUCUUUCGAUCCGUCUUGUAUGCCUUGGGCAAGAUUCAGAUAGGUUCCCAACUGCGAGGACAUGUUUCAAUCUCAUUUCCCUAUAUCGUUACAAAAGCCGAGAGAAGCUAGAACAGAAACUGUGGCGCGCUGUAGUGGACAGCGAAGGCUUCGGAUUAAAAUAA